CACGCGAUCCCUCUUUCGUCUUCCCCUCUCGUCUCUCUCUCCUCACUCUCUCCACUGUUGAUCGCCGCCGCCGACGAGGUCUCCUUUCUCUCUCCACCGGAGACGACAGUGCCAGCCGGUCGGCCUUCCCUCUCUCUCUAAUCUUCCCGGAGGGCCAUGGCCACUGAGGAGAAGGAGAAGCCCAAGGGAGGGGCGGCUAGAUCCAGGCUCAUAGUCCGCCUUGGGGCGUUCCUGGUCUCUCACAACCUCUUCGUUAGUGUCGUCUGCUGCAUCGCGGGGUUCAUCGCCCUCCUCCUCCUCCCCGUGCUGGCCAAGAACACCUACAUCUCUGAGAACGCCCUUAUGCCAGGUUCUGCCAAUCCAGCAUUUUCUGCUCAGGAUGUCAUGGAGGCAAACAGAUUUGUUAAAGAUAUAAUUGACCAGCGAACCAUAGAAGGAACAGGAAUAGAAAUACCAAGAUUGGUAGGGCAACAUAUGGCAGGUGUGGGUGCUGAAGUCUAUUACCAUAAGUUCUUGCCUCACAAAAAUCAGUUUCACCCUCUGCAUUUCUUCUCUUGCACCCCCAAUACUGUGACGGUGCAAAACAAUAGCAGCUGUGCAUCAUUUGGUGUCAAUUCUGUUGGUAUCAUACGAGCUCCUCGUGGUGAUGGAAAAGAAGCAAUUGUAUUGGUGACUCCUUACAAUCCAUGGAAAAUUGAACUAAGUGAAGCCUUAUCGCUGGGCCUUGCAUUCUCAAUCUUCUCCCUCCUUAGCCAAGUUUCAUGGCUUGCGAAAGAUGUUGUGUGGCUAGCUGCAGAUUCACAAUUUGGGGAAUAUACCUCAGUUUCUGCAUGGCUUAAAGACUACCAUAGUCCUGUUUUCUUUAGUGAGUCAAGGAAAAUGAAUGUUGAUGUGUGUCAUGAAUCUAAUAGUCAUCAAGACAGGAAUCAUAUUACAGUGAAAGGGGAAAAUGCUAAUGCUUUCAGACGUGCAGGAACUAUGGCUGCUGCUCUUGUUCUUAAGGUCUUAGAAAAGAAGGAAAGACAGGAAAGAGAUAGCCUUACCAUAUAUGCAGAAGCAUCCAAUGGCCAGAUGCCAAACCUAGACCUCAUCAAUAUUGUCCAUUAUUUAGCAGUUCAUAGACAAGGAUUGCGUGUAAAGAUUGCGACCAUAGGUUCAUUACUCAACUCUGUGUGGCUAAGAUCUGUUGGUGAAAUAGUGCAAAGGCUUUGCAGAGUUGCUAAAAGCUUGGAUCCGAGAUGGAAAUAUGAUAUUACUUCUGCCGAUUAUGUGGAAGGCAGUGCUACACUUGCAAGCUCAAUGUAUCAUCAGGCAAUUGGGGUGCCCACUGGGUCACAUGGUGCUUUCCGUGAUUACCAGGUGGAUGCAGUGACACUGGAGCUCUCUCCCGGGUUUUCUCUGAAAAAUGAGAACAGUCAAUCUGCAUUUUUUCUGAGGGGUGGCAGGUUGAUUGAAGGAGUCAUACGGUCAGUGAACAACCUCCUUGAAAAGUUUCAUCAAUCAUUUUUCCUGUACUUCUUAACAGCUCCUAACAAGUUUGUGUCAGUUGGAGUCUAUAUGAUAGCAUUUGCCCUGCUUAUUGCACCGCUUCCUAUAGUUGCUGUUGCUCCUUUUUCUGGAAAGAAUGAAAUUAGACUUUCAACAGACAAGGGGAACCAGACACCUGGCUAUACUUGUACUGAUGAGAUAGAGAUCAGCAUUGGAUCAUGGAAAUGGCUCCAUGCUGCAAAAGUGGUGUUUAUGACCCAUCUAUGGGCAGUUAUUGUCUUGUUACUGCCAUAUUUUAUGUCCCAAAUCCCCUACAUCAGCCCCACAACAAGCAUGUUAGUUUGGGUUGCAGUUGCCACCUCUGCCCUGCUCAUCUUGUACCUGAUCCUGGGUUCCCCUUAUUCUAAUGAUUGUGAAUGGGUACUUCUGAAGUCCGUAAUGAUUGCUGCUGCUUUUAUAGGCCUGGGCCUCAUGUCAAUUAUUAAUUUCUCAACUGCUCAGAUUGGAGCUCUCAUUGUGGUUCCGAUGUGCCUGAUUGUUCGACCUUUAAAGAGGCAUAAGGAGGUGGCACUGUGUAUGAGAGUAAUGCUGAUGACUUGUAACUUGGUCUUGGCUGUAAUUGGAUUCCCCCCAACUGCACUGCUGAUACUGAAGGGUUUGUCCGAGGGAUUUGGAAGGGUAGGCAUUGGAGACUUCUGGGUUUGGGCAGAGUUCCUAUGGAUAUGGAAUAGUGCCACUUAUCUGUACCUACUUCUGGUCCAUCUUCCUUGCUGGGCUCUAUAUGUACAUAUAUUACUGCAUCCAUGAAUUGUAGACAAUUUUAAUCGCUUAUAAUAUCAUCGAGGAAGGAAUUUGGUUGCAGAGAAGACUCACGAGUUGUCAUAUUUUACCAAAGUGAUCCGACUUGUUGGAACUACACUUGCUGUAAUGUGCAGGCUCAUUAAAUUUUCUUCAGAAGUCUGGGCUCUGGUAACUGAUGAAACUGACCAAAUUGAAGAUUUCUUCUUGGGCGCAUUUGGAAAAACAUGUUUCAAUUAUUUUACUCCAACGAUAUUUUCUGUAUAUUGGACCAUUUGUUUCGUUUUUAUCAGCUUACACUGGACUUUUUGGCUGACCAAAUUUUUGUGAUUGUCAAGUCUAUCGGUUGAACUUUUGACAUUCCUGCUAGGUCGGAUGCCUUGCUCUCAAAGUGUAAUGAGGCUUCUCUGUUUACAUUU